CACACAAACAAGCGUGGACCACUAUAAAAGAGCAAAACGCGACACGUUAUUUUUUGUCAUCACUGUUUUUCUACACCAGUUAAGUCGGAAAAAAAGAAUUAUCGCCAAACAUGAUUUCCAUCUGUUUCUUCGUUUUAUCAUUGGUAUCUGUUUUUGCAGCACCACCAAGGACGCAGAUUGUAGAGGGAAACCCAGCGUUGUUCUGUGAAAUGCCAUCACUUGUGUUCCUGAAGAUCUACAGAAGCUUUAUCAUGGGUUAUAGGAUGUGUGGUGGAACACUAAUCAGUCCAAAUUACGUAGUCACAGCUGCUCAUUGUCUUGAAGGGCUCAUCGAUCAUGUGGAAGUAAAUAUUGGAUCAUUGAAUAAACAUGAAACUGUACAAGAUGUUAAAUCAACAACGAUUUUUCACCAUGAAAAUUAUACGAGAACAGAAUAUUUCAUUGAAAAUGAUAUUGGCCUUUUACGACUUGAAAAACCUGUGGAGCCUGUAGAGUGUGUUUUACCAAUUGACAUGGCUGAAGAAUCUGAUGUCUUUGACGAUAAAACCUGUAUUAUUGCUGGAUGGGGAAGAACUGGCCUCGACGAAGGCCAUUCCGAUGUUCUGCUCAAAGCCGUCGUUCCUGUUAUUCCAAUUGAGAAAUGUAGGAAGCAAUCGUCCCUAGCUAUUUCAGAAGGGUUCAUUUGUGCUGGUGAUUUUAUUACAGGCGGAGCGAGUAUAUGCAAAGGAGACUCCGGCGGUCCUUUGAUUUGUCCCAAAGGAAACAGAAUGGUCCUUGCGGGAGUGAUAUCACAUGGUCUAGACUGCACCAGAGAGGCCAGCCUCUUCACUAGCAUUCCUUACUAUAGAGAAUGGAUUGAAAAUAUUAUGAACUGAGUGAAACAAUAACAUCAUGGUUACUAUGGUUACUACUACUACUACUACUACUACUACUACUACUACUACUACUACUACUACUUACAGCAAGACAAAGGAUAGAAGAUAUCUUAAAUGUAUCCAUAUUGUUUUUCAAAAAUCAAUAAUAAAUAAUUUCUGUAUAUAUUCAA